CAGUGUUGGUUUGAGUCAUACCUUUCUUAGCUGUAUGUAAAUCAGCCACUAGUGUCUGUGUCAAAAACUCUGAGGUUGGGGUGUGAAAUGACAAGUUCCUCUUCCUUCGCUUCACAGGGCCGGGCCUCCACAGUGUGUGUGCUUCUCUCUGUCUUUGCUAUGGACUGUACCUAUAUGGACAUGUGGGCUGAGGGACUGACAGGGACCAUUUUAUUGCACAAUGAGUACUUGCAGAAUUUGUACUUGUAUUAUUAUUUUCACAGUGGGGUUAGUAUUAGUACUUUUGCUUAAGUAAUGUACCUGAAUACUUCUUCAACCUCCGCACCUUAACUGCACCUACGUUACCGGCCGAGCCUUCCCUUUAAGGAAGGUGGCCUUGUGGGUAACCAGCAGUGUUGUUGUGAAAGUGAGCCUUUACCUUACUUUAGUCAAUCAUAAAGUGUGUAGCUGAGCUCAGGCUGCAGUAUAAUAGUUACUGGACGGCUGUGUGUUGUGUUUGCUGCCACAGAAAAUAAAUAAAAAGUCCCUGUUUAUGUAACGGUGCUACGGUAAGUACAGACAGUUUGGUAUUUUGGCAAGUUACAUUAAUUACCUAUAGAAUUUUCCUACCAUAGGUGAAUGUUAAGGAUAAAAAUUCAUAUAACAACUCAGCAUUGCUGUUUUUUAGUAUUACUGUCUUUUUUUUUAUUACUAAAUUUUAUGGGAUUACUGUUUAAUACAAUACAAUGCAACUUUUUUGUUCCCCGUAGUGGAGACUUGAGGGUGUGUUGGACUGAAGAUGGGAACCAAAAUAUAAAUAAAUGAUGUUGUAACAUGCAGAGAACGUGACUAUGUAAUUCUGCCAUUUCUUCUGUAUGAACUGCAGUUCCAUAGAGACACUGAACUACACUUGCAUGUGUUUCUUUUGUAAAUGCUCAUGUUUCAGCACAAAGGUUGUGCAUGACACACCAGUCGCAGUUUACAUUACAUUAAAUAAAAUAUAAAUUUCCAAGUAUGAUAUUGCAGAAGCACAGUUUUGCCUUAAAAAGAUUUUUUAAAGCACAUAAUUUAAUAUACUAGAUCUGUGUGGAGAUGAGAGUUGUUGAAGUUGCUGUUGAUCUAUAUCACUUCUAGUGCCCUGCAUAUGUGAUAGAAUUGUUCCUUGACAUUUGAAUAAACCCAAGAAAGGAGGAAGUGUUUCAGGAAAAAAAUGCAGUGUUUCUAUGCACACAACAGUUUUCUACCCUCUGCUCUAGCCUGUAAAAUCUCAUACAGAGCUUCCAUUUUGUCUCGGCCAUGGGGAGCACACAACAGAGAAACUUGUUCCAUUUGAUCAUAGUCUCCCUUCUUUUUACUUUAUAUUCAUCUGCUUCAGACGGUCAGGUCAGAUUAGCUGGAUUUGGGUCUACUCUGUGCUCUGGAAGAGUUGAAAUCUAUCACAACACCACCUGGGGAACAGUGUGUGAUGACAACUGGGACUUAAAUGAUGCCAAGGUGCUCUGCAGACAGUUGGGCUGUGGUACGCCACUGGGUGCCCCUCCGUCAGCCCACUUUGGUGAAGGAACUGGACAAAUCUGGCUUGAUGAGAUAGACUGUUCAGGAAGUGAAAGUUCUCUAACCGAGUGUCAACAUGAAGGAUUUGGGACACACAACUGUGGACACAGUGAGGACGCUGGUGUGAUCUGUUCAGGUGUGCCGAUCAGAUUGGCUGGGUCUACUCAGUCCUCUGGAAGAGUUGAAAUCUAUUAUAACAACACCUGGGGAACAGUGUGUGAUAACAGCUGGGACUUAAAUGAUGCUGAGGUGGUGUGCAGACAGUUGGGCAGUGGGACGGCUCUGAGUGCCUCUAAAUCAGCCCUUUUUGGUGAAGGACCCAAACAAAUCUGGCUCGGUGAUGUGGACUGUUCAGGACAUGAAAGUUCUCUAACUGAGUGUCAGCACGGAGGAUUUGGGACACACAACUGUUCCCACAGUGACAACGCUGGUGUGGUCUGUUCAGGUGUGCCGAUCAGAUUAGUUGGGCCUACUUUGUGCUCUGGAAGAGUUGAAAUCUACUACAACAACACCUGGGGAACAGUCUGUGGUGAUGGCUGGGACCAAAAAGAUGCUGAGGUGGUUUGCAGAGAGUUGGGCUGUAGGACGGCACUGAGUUUCCACUUUGCUAAAACACCCAAACAAAUCUGGCUCAGUGAUGUGGACUGUUCAGGAAGCGAAAGGUCUCUAACUGAGUGUCAGCACGGAGGAUUUGGGAAUCACGGCUGUUCACACAGUAAGAAAGCUGUUGUGGUCUGUUCAGCAAUCCUCCCAAAGCCCAGCAUCUACAUAAAUCCUGUUGGUGAGGUUGCCUGGGGUCAGAAUGUCAGCAUCACUUGUUCAAUCUCAACUCCAACUCAACAGCUUUUACAUGGAACAUUCACUCUGAACCAGACCUCAGGCUCAUUCAGUCAGAACCAAACAUCAAGUACCAACUCUGCCCCCUUCAGCAUCCUUAAAGUGGACUUUUAUAACGAGGGAUUGUAUCAGUGUCAGUAUUCUCAACACGUCAGCUCGCCCCUAAGUGAUUCUGUCAAACUCUCUGUUACUGUGCCACUGCAGCAACCCAGCAUCUCCCUGACAUCUCCUAACAGAGGGCUGGUCUGGAGCUCUGAAGGUGCAGAGGUCACCAGGGGUUACAGCUUUGUCUUCACCUGCUCCAUUACCUCCAGCUAUCCUGAAGGCCGUUUCUUUCUCAUCUUCUCUGGUUCCAACAUCACCGACACAAAGCCAGCAGUCAGCCACUCGGCCUCCUUUAACUUCCCUGUAGCUGAGCAUGAACACCAGGGCAACUACAGCUGUGUGUAUGAAGUCACACUGUCCUCAAGGAAAUUCACUUCUACCGAAACAGCACCAGUUAGUGUUGUCAUUAAAUCGCCUUUGUUACUGCUGGUCUCCUCAGUAGCAGGUGGGGGCCUGCUGCUGCUCCUGCUGGUCUUGCUGGUGGUCUGUCUAGUCCUCAGAAGAAGACGACGAGCCAAGCAGCCUGGAGCUUUCGUCCAAACUCACUUGACUGUCAGGAACAGUUAUGAAGAUGACGAGGACGAGAGGGACUAUGUGAAUGCUGAGCCAAUGGGCACCAUGAGGACACAGACAGAGCAAGUAGGAGGAGUGGAGGACAGUGAUCAUGAUUAUGAGGAAGCGGAUAUUGCAGACAAGUCCAUAAAUGCUGCAGAAUUUUUUCUUAAUAUAGAGGACAACAGAGAGGAACAAGUAGAUGAAGAAGAAAGCAGUGAUGAUGAAGAAGACUAUGUAAAUGAAAUCCAGCCAUUUAUUGAACAAACUGUGGACAUUUAUGGAGAAAAUGAGGAUAUUUAUCAAAACAUUUAAGUUUCUACUGGCCAUCAGUGUCACAUUGAUUAUCAUGGAUAAAGUUCUCAACUAUUGACCAACUGCCAAAAACAUUUUUUAUAAACUGUGAUACGGUCAAUUAAUCAGUUUAACAAUUUACAACAUCCAUUAUUUUGAAUAAUUUCAGCCUGCAGACAGAACUCAGAGGCUCCAUCCUUUCACACAAUUAUGUCUUUACUGUACAUGUGGUCAAAUAUUCUUUGCUAAUAUGUAAUGUUACAAAGUAAAUAUAUAGUGUAGUAUA